AUGAAAAUGAAAACAACAAUACUCCGUCUACGCCUGCGCCCAGCUGGCCCGAAUCUCUACCGCCUCAGAAACCACAGCACAGCCCCAACACACCCCGAAAAAAAGCUCACCGAAGACCCCCGGUUAAAGGAGCUUGGGCGAACAUUAUCAGACGAGUUUUCGACCAUCAGGGAGAAUUACAGGAAACCGAAGAAUCCGAUUGUGCUUUGCCAUGGACUACUGGGCUUCAAAGAGCUCCGUCUUGCGGGGCAGAUGCUGCCUGGUAUUGCGUAUUGGCGCGGCAUCACGGAGGUGCUUACGGCGAACGGGGUCGAGGUUAUCACGACCACUGUGCCGGCGUCGGGGUCCAUAGAGGUGAGGGCGAAGGCGUUGGCUGCGGAGAUUGAGCAGGAGCUGAAGGGGAGGAGCGUUAAUCUAAUUGGACAUAGUAUGCUUCUUCUGGACUUUCAGCGGCGAUGGUGGGUCGGUGCCACAUAUGCUAACGCACUUCCUCCCCACAGAGGCAUUGACGCCCGCUACAUGAUCAGCGAGCUCAAACCCACAAACUUCAAAGUCCUCUCCCUCACCACCGUCGCUACGCCGCACCGCGGCUCCUCGUUCGCCGACUACAUGCUCGACCUCAUCGGGAGUACCUCCCCCGCCCCUGCCCCUGCCCCCGCUCUCUCUCAACUACACCGCACUAACCCACCACCAGAAGAGCGCCUCCCAAGCGUGUACGCUGCCGUCGAGUCCCUCGGCCUGGAAACAGGCGCAUUCGCACAGCUCACGACGCACUACAUGGAGAAGUUUAACAAGCUGAUACUCGACGAUCCUAACGUAAGGUACUUCUCGUACGGGGCGAUGGCGAAGCCGGGGAUCAUGUCGGUGUUUCGGCAGAGCCAUCGCAUUAUCGAGGAGAAGGAGGGCCCGAAUGACGGGCUGGUGUCGGUGAAGUCGGCGCAGUGGGGCACGUAUAAGGGUACGCUGGUAGGGCCGACACAUCUGGGGAUUAUUAAUUGGACGAAUAGAUUUUGGUGGAUGGUGACGGGGAAUAAGGCGACGUUUAAUGCGAUUGCGUUUUAUUGCGAUAUCGCUGAUAUGUUAGCUGAAGAGGGCUUGUAA